GCUAGAUAGAGCCGCUAUAAAGUUCUGGGAGAACCAUUAGUUAGUCUUUGGCUGCUCUUUCGGAAGAAUUUUGGUGUGAGAAACACAAUGAAGCUGAACAAGAACAAGACAUCUUCAAGCCGGAAGAUGCGCAAGCGUCACUUCCAGGCUAACAAACAUGAAAUCAGACAGAUGAUGUCCUCGCCUCUUUCUAAGGACCUCAGAACCAAAUACAAUGUUCGCUCCAUGCCCAUCCACAGAGAAGAUGAAGUCCAGGUGAUGAGAGGACACUACAAAGGCCAGCAGGUUGGCAAGGUCAUCACAGUUUACCGCAAGAAGGGCAUCAUUUAUAUAGAGAGGAUUCAGCGCGAGAAGGCCAAUGGCGCCACCGUCCAUAUUGGCAUUCAUCCCUCAAAUGUAUGUAUCGUGAAGCUGAAGAUGACCGACAGCCGCAAGAAGUUGCUAGAAUUGAAGGCAGCUGGCCGCGCCGCUGCUCAGGGCAAGGAUAAGGACAAGUUCAGUGCCGUGGACACCGCUUCUGCAGCCCCCGCCACUUCGUCCUAAAUACACUCCCUCUUGGCGAUGA